AACGACCCAUGAAAGUAACAGUGCCUUCUCCACCUUCUGCUCAACACUUAGUCUCAUACUCCUUGCCCUGGAGAACGGUGCACGCGAUUCUUUCAGUGUCCUUCGGUGUCGUCGUACAGGUACAAGGUCGCGAGUGCACCGGAAACGUGUGCACGGGGAAUCGAGAAGUCGUGUCUAUGCAAGCAUAGUGCGCGAUGUGCUCGACCUGACGAAUUUCCAACGAAGACAAUCGACAACCGGGGAUCGAUAAUCAAACAACGAAAAUGGAUUGGGAGAACCGAACAGUGUCGCUGUUACUUUGCUUAAGCAUUCUGCUUGCGACGAUUCACAACGGUAACGCCGAACGCAAGAUCGUAUGCUAUUAUACAAACUGGUCGAUCUAUCGACCAGGCACUGCCAAGUUCUCGCCGCAAAACAUCAAUCCGUAUUUAUGCACCCAUCUAAUCUACGCUUUCGGUGGUUUCACCAAGGACAAUGCCUUGAAGCCUUUCGACAAAUACCAAGACAUCGAGAAAGGUGGAUACGCCAAGUUCACUGGCUUAAAAACAUACAACAAGAACUUGAAAACCCUGUUGGCUAUCGGAGGUUGGAACGAAGGCUCCAGUAGGUUUUCUCCGAUGGUUGCCGACCCUGACAGAAGACGAGAAUUCGUCAAGAAUGCCAUAAAAUUCCUUCGAAAGAAUCACUUUGACGGUCUCGAUCUCGACUGGGAAUAUCCAGCUUUUAGGGACGGUGGAAAGCCUCGGGACAAAGACAACUAUGCCAGCUUGGUGCAGGAACUGAGAGAGGAGUUUGAGAGGGAGUCUUCAAAGACCGGAAGACCGAGACUUUUACUAACGUUGGCGAUGCCAGCUGGUAUCGAGUACAUCGACAAAGGCUACGAUAUUCCUAGAUUAAACGAAUACUUGGAUUUCAUCAAUCUUUUAUCGUAUGACUACCACUCGUCUUACGAACCAGCCGUCGAUCAUCACUCUCCUUUGUAUCCUCUGGAAGAGGACAACGAAUACAAUUACGACACCGAGUUAACGAUCGAUUACACUGUGAACUAUCUGCUGAAAAAGGGUGCCUCUCCGGCCAAGAUAAUCCUAGGAAUUCCAACGUACGGCCGAUCCUACACGCUUUUCAACGAGGAUGCCACUGAUCUGGGUUCACCGGCCGAUGGUCCAGGAGUCGAAGGCGACGCGACCCGCGAGAAAGGCUACCUCGCUUACUACGAAAUUUGCGAGAGCUUAGCGCAAUCGGACGAGUGGCAGGUGGUUCAGCCGAAUGCAAAAGCUAUGGGUCCUUAUGCGUACAAGGGAGACCAAUGGGUAGGUUACGACGACGAAGAUAUAGUCAAGUUAAAAGCCAAAUACGCGAACGAGAAGAACUUGGGGGGAAUUAUGUUUUGGACGAUCGACAACGACGAUUUCCGAGGCAAAUGUCACGAUCGUCCGUAUCCUCUGAUCGAAGCGGCUAAAGAGAUGCUCUUGACAGACAGCUCGAAUACCGUUCAGAAAUCAAAGACAGUGGACAAUCGUAAGAAACCCAGAGCUCAAGGUGUUCAGAGCAAUACCGUAAGAAGAAAAGGUGGUAGACGAAGUACCACGACUGCAGCGCCUGCCCCGAAGAUCCGAGCGUCCUCCUCGAGACCAAAGUAUCGGACGUUUUCGCGUCCUAAAAUCAGCGAAGAGGAAGAGGAGGAUCAACGAGUCGACAGACGAUCGUACGACCCAUCCUCCGACGAAGAAGAUAGCUCCGAGAGAGGAAACGCGGUUAAGACUGCGAACAAAAACGAAGGACCCAGCAACAAGAAUAAAAGGAGAUCAUCGAAAGAUCGAUCGAGUUCCAAUCGGAAUCGUAGAAAGCAAGCUCGCCGCAAAGAAGAAACCAACAGCAACUCGAACGAAAAAUCGUUGAGUAAUAAACUGACUACUCCGGAGCCGCCAACGACACCCGAUCCCGGGACAGAUUUCAAGUGCGAAGACGAAGGAUUCUUCCCGCAUCCCCGAGAUUGCAAGAAAUAUUUCUGGUGUUUGGAGAGCGGCCCAGGAGGUCUUGGCGUAGUAGCGCACCAGUUUACGUGUCCUUCUGGUUUGGUGUUUAACAAGGCAGCCGAUUCCUGCGAUUAUCCGCGUAACGUUGUAUGUCCCAAAUCGAAAACUUCUCAGUCGUCCGCGUCGACGACCAGAGCGCCGAUAACCGCUGCCACCAGCCGUACCACUUAUCUCUAUAGCACUACGCGUCGACCAUCCCCCGAAAAACCAGACACAGAGGAAGAGUACGAGUACUACGACGAGGACGACGACGAAGUCGAAGAGGAGGAUGAAGAAGAAGGAGAGGAAGAAGAACCUAAAACGACUACCACUCCGAAAGCGCUUUUGUAUAAAACGAUUACCAGAAACAAGCCUAGUACGACUACGACUACGAGUACGACAGAAGCGCCUUCGACCACCUCGAAGGUUGGGAAAAAUGAGCCUGAGAUUACCAAUAUUGAGGACGAAGAGGAUCCUAGGGUUAUCAAAGAGCUAAUAAUGCUGAUCAAGAAAGCAGGUGGUAUAGAGCAACUAGAAAAGCAGCUGUUACUUCAAGACAAGAAUGCUGACAACAGUGCGAAUUCUGGCAGCGUAAACGCUACUCCUGCUACGAUAAGUCGCACUUUGUACGAACGUGUACUGAAUCGACAAGCUGGUAAAGUUACAAAUAGGCAACGCACUUCUACGAAUACAAAUUACGCGAAUGGGCCAGGAAGUGCGCAAUUCGAGGGACUGGAUGAGGUUCCGGAAGUAAAGAGUUUGAGGCGCUCGCAAAAACCGCAAUACGUGACCAUCGAGAGACCAAAGCCGUCUACGAAGGAACCGCCGAUCGAAGACGAGCAACUCGACGAAGAAGAAGAUCUCGAUGAAGAUAACACGGAUGUAGCUUCAUCCGAGGAACAGACUAUUAGCAAUCCUUUCUUAGCUAGCUCGACGCAGAGAGCGACGCCUAAUUAUAUCAACAUCAGACGCGCUCGACCUUCCACCUCAAGAUACGAGAACGACGUUGAGGAGAAAAAUAAGAACACGGAAGAAGAGGCACCUAUUCCCACCCGACGCCGGCGUCCCAGCGUGUUUCCCAAAAAUACCGAGACGAGUUCUUCUGAAAAUACCAGAGAUCAGGAAUCUCGUUCAUCCGCAAACGAAGAAAGUCCACAGACAACUAAAUCCAGAUAUGUUAGCGUUCAAAGAUUCAGAAGCACGACUUCACAUCCUACGGAGGUUGUUACGCAAGUGGCAUCCACUAGCCAAGAACCAAUUACGGAAUCGAUCUCGAGCGAAGCGACCGAAAUCGAUCAAAAGGUGGAUACCACCACCGCGACGAGUCCAGUGAUCAACAUUUUACCUUUGAUUGGCCUAUCUUCGACACCGAACGAUAUCCUUGUCGACUCGGAAACGGAAAAGCCGAUUCCGACAACGACUCCAGAGGCUAGCUCGACUACCACCGAAUCUGUGAAACUCGUCGAGGAUUCGGCUACGGAAAUCCUCCUAACUACGGCACCAGCGAACUUAUCUACGUUGUCGGUUCCAAAUACAAGGAUCAACACCGCAUCGGUAUCUCAGCCAAGGCCUUUUAGCUUUAACCGAAGAAAUAGACCUACGACCGAGCCUACCACCACUCCGUUGUCACCGUCCAACGAUCAGACGAGGUCCAAGGUCGCCAGCUCGGAAGUCAAUAGACUACCAACCCUCAAGGAACUAAUUGGUUAUCAAACGAACGAAUACGCCAGCAGUCCGUCACCCAUAUUCUUGAGCUUGUUUCCUCUUAGAGCGAAGGACGAAGAGAUUUUAUCGCAUGAAAAAGACACGAACCGCAUUCUCGAGGGAACAACUGUUCGGAAUGAUACAAUUUUCAAUGCAGAACCAACAACUUUAAUGCCGAAUAAGCAUGAUCAAAACGAAGAGACAGGUUACGCGAUACAAAAUGAUUUAGAUUUAUCCGUGGAUAGUAUAGACACGUAUUACGUCGAGGAUAAUAUCGCGAUCGACGAAAACGAUAUUUCAUCGACUAACAAAAAGAGGAUCGAUCGACAAGAUUGGUCAACGACUGUCACCCUAAAACCUACCACUAUGCGUGGUAUUCCUUUAGUUGAUUUAUUGCAAAGCCAAGUCCCCCGUGGUUUUUAUGUUACUAGAAGCGAAACGGAACAUCCGAUACCAGAGCAAUUAAAGAACGACGAAUCAACCACCGAGUGGACAACAUUGUCGAUAGAAAGCAAAGAAAAUGUUUCUUCCAAGAUCGCUAACGAAAUCGAACAACCCAAUGCAGGUAGAACGAUUGUUACCGAUUUUAACCACAAUGAUAGCGAAGAAAAUUCUAAAUCUUCGACCCAAGUUAUUACAACUUUAAAGCCCGAUUUUUCCACAAUGAUUAACGAAGAUAAAGACAGAGACGAAAGUAUAGCACCAUCGACGAAUCGAGUGCAAACAGAAAAAGAUAUGGAUCUCUUUACGGAGAUACCAAGUUUGGAAACAAAUGCAGCACCUUCGAUUUCUAUACCCGUAAUUUCUCCGACCGAUUCACCUGUUACAUUUACUUCUCUAUCCCCUAAUGAACCCGAGUCUAUUGUUUCUACAACCAGUGAAUCCUUGACUAAUGACGACGCUACCCUGUCUAUUAAAAAUACUGACUUCACUUCAACCUCUGUAACCGAAGUACAAUCUAAUUUCACGACUAAAACAAACAUCUUAGAAUCCGUAACAGAAACAGGGUUACAUAUAGAAAAUGAAACGCAUGCUGCAAAUUUGCAAGAGAAUUAUUCGACAGAAAAAACAGACGAAAAAGUCAGUAGCAUUCAACAAACUGGCGAAGCUAGAAGAAACGUGGUGAAGGAUGGCGAAGAAUCGAAAUUGAGUUCAUCGUUGUCAAUCACGACGCGUCCUUCUACUCAAUCUGAAAGAUCGGCGAAUAAAUUUAAUCGCCGCCGACAAAGGAUCGAAUUUAAUCCUAAUCAAGAGUUUGGACGUAAAUCUCAAGACGGUAGGCAGAACCAUCGUUAUGUAAGCCCAUCGAACGAAGAUCAAAAGGAUUCGAUAAAAGAAACAAGGAGAACGCAACAUCCUCGUCGUAGAGUUAUUAGUUACAGAGGGCGGCACCGCAGACCUUUUGUUACUAGUACAGCUGUGAACGACUCGUUUGCCUCUGAUACAACCACUCGUACAACUAAUCGCACGGUCAACGGCGAUGAUAAACUGAAUGUAACGAAGAAAUCAGCUAAGGAGGAAUCCGAGCAAAUCGAAGCGAUAACUGGCUCCACGAAAAGAACGAAAGCGGAUAAUUCUGUAGAAAAUCGAAAUGAUGGAGAAAACGCGAACAAGGAAGAGACAAGCGUGGAAAAGAAGGUUGUGCCAAAGGCAAAUCUUACCGGAAAAGAAGCUAUCUCCAAAGAAGAACGUCUUCGGAUCGAGGAAAAUAUCGGUCGAUCCGAGUCUGAGGUGAAUUCCUCGAAGAGUACGGUAACAUCUCGUACACCAGGAAAUUUGCCAUCAACCAGGUUGAGGAAACCCACUACAUUCAAUUUGGCGACAUUGCAAAGCAAAACUUCCAACACAUUCGCGAAUCAUCGAAAAACUCAUUCAAACGACGGAAAGUCUCAAACUCUUGCUAACGAAAAACUCGAUGCCGUGGAUGAAAGAACAGAAACAGCGAAAUCUGAAAAAGAUAUCGAUCAAAGUAGUAGAGCACAAGAAUUCGCGGUGACUUUGGCAGAUCCACCGUCUCCACAAACAUCAGCUACGGGUCGACCACCGUUAAGGAACGGUCUGAGGCGCAAAAUAAGCACUACGGUUGCACCUAGAACGGACGCGACAACAAGCAGAGCUACCCUCAGAUUCACCCCGAGUCUCAGAGAUCGACAAAAGUCAAAGACGAAGGAUAAAACUCUACAAAAUGUAACGACAAGACCUAGGCGACCGCCUGUUAUCGACUACGAUUAUUACGAGGACGAGGAGGAAUCGGUGGUUGGAAAAUCUACUUUCAACGGAAAACUCUUCCUCACCAGCAAAGGAACCUUCCGAUGUCUGGAUCAAGGCAAUUUUCCACAUCCCGACUCUUGCAAAAAAUUUAUUACUUGCGCCAGAAUGGUGAACGGUCAGGUAAUCGGAGCUGAGUACACUUGUCCCGAUAAACUAUCCUUUGAUCCGGUCGGUGGUAUUUGCAAUUGGUCAGCCGGACUUGGCUGCAAAGAAUAAUUUUUCCUAAAUCAUUAAUUAAACAGUGUCUUAAAAGUCGCAUAGAUCAGACAUAAAGUAAUUUUUAAUUCAUAUUUAAACUAAAUCAUGACCAAUUCAUUAUACAACGAACAAGAAAGAUUCGGCUAAAUUUUUACAAACGCAUGUAGCCAUAUCUAACGGAAACGAAACGUGGUGAUAUUAUAGUUAAAAAUUUGUCUGUAAAUAUUAUAGUUAUUGUAUAUACAUAGAUCUAGUUUACUUUAUUGCAUGGCGUAUCGAUGAAAUAACUUAAGCGUUAGUACAUGUAGUACCGAGAAACUUAAUAAAGUGUAUCUUUGUAAAAUACAUGUACUUGUAAAACUCUUUGCACUCGAUCAAAAAAGUUGAAUCGGAAUUACAUAUAUAAUAAGUUUUACGUUUGGAAUAAAAGCAUUCAUUUUUAACCACACUGUUAGAAAUUUUUAUUUAAAUAGCCUUUGUUAUAUCGCCCACUUGAUAUGACGCAUAUUAGGAUACGUUAAAAAUAACUACCCAAUCUUGUCGCUUUAUUUUCGAUACAAAACUUGAACGGUCCUCUCUCACUCACUCACUCUCUCUCUCUCUCUCUCUCUCUCUCGUUCUCUUUCGCUCUCUCUUUCUCUCUUUAAAGACCAUUUUUUAUUUUCUCAUAGUUUGAUUUUACAAUGCUUUUUGUUAUUAAACUAGCUGAGGAAGAUGGAACUGAUAAAAGAAAAAUAGGUAGAAUAGUUGACAAGUGUAAUAUGCAAUACGAUACGAUUGUCCAACUGAUGUGUAGAUCGAAUUAAGAUUGUAAAAGUUACAUUAAAUGAUUUAAAAUUAUAAGAAUUAUAAUUAUGCAUAUAUGUGAUUAUUAAUGAGAAUGUAUACGUAUACAUAAUACGAUAUGAACGCAUCGAAAAAUUUGAUUUUCAAAACUAUUUCUUUCGGCUAUACAUACAUUGAACACAUAUGUACUUAUUACAGAUUCAUUAUGUUUCGAUAUCAAAAUGGAUGUUCAUAAUCUCAACCUUCUGUGUAUGUAUGUCGUGUGCGUGCGCGUGUGCAUGUGUGUCUGUGUAUUUAUAUAUAUAUAUGCCUCAGUAUAUACUGUUCAGUAGAUCUCCCCAGUUCUUUUUAUGUUGUUCAUUUCUAUAAAAAGCCCAAUAAUAAUUUUAUUUUUUAACAAAAAUAAAUGUAAGAGGAAUUAAAGUGAACUCGUAAAACGCGUUAAGAUACAUAUUAAAGAAGCACUAGUUCAAAGCAAAAAACGUCACAGUACUUUUUUCUCCUCUCAAAUAAGUAAUUGCAUUUCACACACGAGCGUCUUCCAUGACCUUAAAUAACAAUGAUUCGAUAAAAUGAUAUUUAGACUGCUGAUAUAAAUUGUGAUCUAAUAAACAUGACACCAAGAAUGGCGGUUGCUAUUUGAAAAUUUUACAUAAUGGGUCUUAUAUUACAGUGGCCUUUCAUUUAUCACUUCUGUCAAAUAUUUAUAAAAAUAAA